AUGACUCGCGACCCCCACCUCAUCCUGGCCGCGGAGGAGGGGAUCUUCACCCUGAACCAGAGCGAGUCCGAGGCCACGCUGGAGCUGCUCUACCACAGCCGCACCUCCUGGCUCUACUCCAUCGGCAACGUCCUCAUGUCCGUCUCGGGGAAGACCCCCCAGCUCUACUCCCACAGCCUGCUGGGGCUCUACGAGCAGAGCAAGAGGGAGCAGCGCCCGGGGGUGCACAUCUCCCCCCACCGCCUGCUGCCCAGGAAGAACGUCACCUCCACCAAGAUCCCCGACACCAAGGGCUGCCGGACCUGCUGCUGUGGGAACGGGCAGACGGGGUGUCACUACCUGUGCGGGGCGCUGGACACGGGCGUGGUGCUGCUGCAGUGGUACCAGCCCCUGCAGAAGUUCAUGCUGGUCAAGCACUUCGACUUCCCGCUGCCCUCGCCGCUGCGGGUCUUCGAGCUGCUGGACCCCGGCGAGGAGUUCCCCAGCGUCUGCAUCGGGGUCAGCCCCGGCCCUCGCCCGCGGCGCCCCGUCCUCUUCCACACCAUCAACCUCAACUCCCUCACCUCCUGGUUCGCCCACGCCGGCUCCGAGCCCUCCUGCCCCGGCCCCGUGCAGGUGACGCAGCUGGACAGCGAGACCGUGCUGGUCCUGCUGGACCGGAGCGUGAAGCUGGUGACGCUGCAGGGAGCCCCGGCCCGGGGGGGGGCGGCCCCCGACAUCCCCUUCGACGUGGCCGUGGAGGCCCGCUGGUCCGCGGCUGUGUCCAGGCCCUUCUGGCGCCACGGGGUGCAGGUGCGGCAGGUGGGGUCCGCACAGCUGAUCGAGGAACUGCGGGACCAGCGCUGGACCUUCCGCCUGCUCAGCUCCCACAGCACCCUCGUCCUGGAGACGCGCCCCACCGAUGAGGCGAACGCUUACAGCAACAUCUACAUCCAGGCGUGA